CAAGUAACCAUUCUUACUCUAUCUUGUCACAACCUGCUUGUCAUAUAUCUCAAUCUUUAUUGGGACUCAAGUCAUCUAGCUGACCAUUGAACAAGAUGCAAGUCAUCAACCAAGAAUACAAAUAUCACAAACUUUCCUCCCCUUCAUCUCAUGUUCUACUCAUCGAAUUCAACAGGUUUGACUCUUUGCUCCUUUUCUGACUAUCUACUUACUGAUUCAUAGACCUCCCGUCAAUGCAUUCAACGAUGAAAUGUGGACGGAAUUAAGAACCAUCGUCCAAACCGUUUCUGAAGAUCCUCAAUGUCUCGUCACCGUCCUCACUUCUGCAAUUGAUAAAGGUUUCACAGCCGGAUUAGAUCUAAAGUCGCAAAUUGAAUUACAACGGCAUGAACAUGAUCCAGCAAGAAAAGCUUAUACUCUUCGACAACAUUUACUCGACUUCCAAGGGGCUAUAUCGAGUUUAUCAAAAUGUCGACAACCUGUUAUUGUCGCCAUGCACGGUUUAUGUUUAGGAUUAGCUGUGGAUAUUGCAUCAGCUUGCGAUGUGAGAAUAGCAGCUGAAGAUGCGUCGUUCGGCAUCAUGGAAAUCGACGUGGGUCUAGCGGCUGAUAUCGGCACCCUCCAACGUUUUCCCAAGAUAAUAGGUAACGAUUCCCUAGCUCGGGAAUUAUCUUACACCGGCCGACGGUUUUCCGCAAAAGAAGCAAAAGAAAUGGGUUUCUUAAGUGAAGUAGUGAAAGGUAGUAAAACUGAAGUCGUCUCAAAAGCAAUGGAGAUAGCAAAAAUGAUAGCUUCUAAAAGUCCCAUCGCUUUAAUGUCCACAAAACAUCUAUUGAACCAUGCAAGAGAUCAUACAGUGGAAGAGGGAUUGAAAUAUACAGCUAUUUGGAAUGCAGCAAUGUUACAAGCUUCUGUAUGUCCCCAAAGUCGGUGUUGGAGCUAAUGAACAGGAUACUCAAGUUGCUAUGCGUGCUACUUUGGGUAAAGCUAUCCCGAAUUUCGCUCCUCUUCCCCCGCUUAGGUCCAAAUUAUGAUAACAUCUACCCCGAAGUUUCAAUAAUGCCUCAGAGGUGAACGGUGUGACUUUGCAUGAAUCAACCUCAAAUUGU